AUGACGGGCUCAGUUCGCUCCAAGCACGCAUCACUCGACAUCAAAGACAAUGUCGAGUUCGAGGAGGUCGCCCCUCCACACGAUGCCAUCCUCGAGAGGUAUGAGUUGAUCCGGAAUAAGACGCCUGAAGAGUUGAAGGCCAUUGAGAAAUCUCUUGUUCGAAAACUCGACUGGAAAUUCUUGCCCAUGGUAACCGCCAUGUUGUUGAUGAACUACCUUGACCGCAUCAACGUCUCCAACGCCCGACUGGCCGGCAUGCAAGAAGACCUACACAUGUCGGACACAAUGUGGUCUGCCGGCAUCUCCAUGUUCUACGUCGGAUACAUCAUCUCUCAGAUCCCCGCCAACGUCAUCAUUGCCAAGGGCAGCCCUCGCCUUCUUAUGCCCUGCUGCAUGCUUGCCUGGUCCGUCACGACAAUCUGCAUGCCCGCCAUUACACGGGGCUGGGGAUUCAUCCUCUGCCGGUUCAUCGUGGGCGUCACUGAGGGUCCGUUUGUGCCCGCCGUUUCUUUGAUGACUUCGUCUUGGUACACAAAGCACGAGUCGCCACUGCGCAUGGGCAUCUGGCAUGCUGGAAACACCAUCUCACAAGCCCUCUCUGGCCUCCUUGCGGCUGGCAUCUUGACAAAUAUGGACGGGAUUGCGGGUCUCACGGCGUGGCGAUGGUUCCUUCUUCUUGAAGGCAUCGUGAGCAUUCUUGUUGCUAUAAUCAGCUUCUGGUUCAUCCCCAACUUUCCAGACUCGACUGGGACCUACUUCAUCACGGAGGAAGAGGCCGCCAUGGCACAGUAUCGGCAGGCGGUCUCUGCUGGUGGCCUCUCCGAAGACGAUACGGGCGACUACUGGGGAGGCGUAUGGAUGGCCAUGAAAGAUCCCUUCUCACACUUAUUUGCCGGCAUUCACUUUGCUUUGAUCAUUGCCCAGUCAUACAAGGACUUUUUCCCUUCGAUUGUCGCUACGCUUGGCUUCCAUGACAAUGCCACAUAUCUCAUUCAGGCGCCCCCGCCCAUUAUCGCCUUUCUUGUCACAUUGGCCAUCUCGUGGUCUUCUGGUCGAAGGCUGGAGCACGGCUACCACAUCAUCGUGCCCAUUCUCUUUACGCUGGUUGGAUGUGCCGUCAUGAUCACCACCCUCAAUGUCGGGGCUCGGUACUUUAGCAUGAUCCUCCUUGUCGUGGGUCCGUUUGUUGGUCUCAACAUUCAAAUCUCUUGGGAGACGACCGUCGUUCCACGUCCCCGCACUAAGCGUGCUGCUCUCAUUGCCUAUGCCAACUGCGUCUCGUCUGUUUCUCACUGGUUCACGCCCUACUUCUUUCUGAGGAAUCAGGAGCCCUACUACCAGACGGGCGGUGGUGCCAUCAUCGCGGGAUGCGGCCUUACUGUUAUUCUGGUUCUGGUCACCAAAUGGUACUGCGCCAAGAAGAACAAGGCGCUCAAGGAGGCUGAGGAAGCUGCUGGGGAGCCCGAGGGAUGGAGAUAUGCAAGCUGA